AUGGAGAACCUCUCAGAAGCAGCCCGUGCUGUCAUUACCUCUCUGCAAGCUCUACCAGAGGCUCCAGAGCUACAACGAGCUAACAUUGUUAUAAUUGGGGUCUCGCACUUCAAUACCACGCCCCAGGUUUCCGGCCUACGCAUGUGCAAAUUCAUUCCUCCAUCGAAGCACGACAAAAAGGUCUCUCACGUCGUCGGGGGCGUGAGCAAUGGCAAGGGACCUGGAUUGGUAAAUGUGGCCCUCGCCUACGUGACGCAAAAGGCGCUCUAUGUCUUUUCUCUCGUCGGCAGGAAGAUCGAACCCCUCCAGGGCAGCAUGACCGGUUUGGCCGUGACCGGGUAA